UCCUUUUUUUUCCUCGCAGUUUUUGCUCCUAUAGCCUCCACUGAUCAGUGAUUGGACUGCCACCCAUUUGAAGCUCGCAGACAUAGUAUAGGUAAUUAUUUUUCAUAGAUGCACCCCGUCUUGUGCGUCAACCGUACGUCACACUAUAGGCCUAAUGGCCAGCCGUACAACAACAGUGCUGGUGUGGAUGGAGGAAAAAAAACAAAAACGCGAAAUGCUCUCACCCAAUGCAUGCAACACAAGAGUUUGAAAUGCAUAGUUGUUUUUUUCUAGUCGCGAACAUAAUUUGACUCAACUUCCAGAUCGUGAAGCCUUAACAAGCCUGCAGCAUUGUUUUAGGAUUUCAUGCAUGAUUCUUUAUAAUGUCCUUUAAAGACAAUUGGUCGUGGGUAUAUCUCGCAGUGUAAGUCGCCCAUAAACCUGAUCCAAGUGCUGGCUGUGUGAGGGGGGACAUGCGCUCGUCCUCGGCGUUAAUCGAUAGACGCAUGCAGGUAGCCUUCCUCCCUACACACGCAGCAGCAUCACCACGCAUCCUUUACUCCACUGUGCGCUCUCUCUUAUUUUCCUCCCCAUCACCACACUGAGGAGAGAAACCCGCUCGUGGUGGUGGGCCCUUUUGCUUUUCAUCUUUAAACAUCUGGAAGAGCCCGUGUUUGUUUUUACAAGGCAGGGGCGUUUGUGGCCGAGGAAGAGGAGGGAGACAGCAGCAGCAGCAGCAGCAGCAGCAGCAGGACGGAGCACUUGACACCUUUGCUUCACGACAUCGAUAUGCAGUAGUGUGAUAGCAGCUCUGCGGAGACGGGAAGGCCAGUCCAUGGCAUCUUGAUAUUAAAACCGUGGGCUCUGCGCAUUCCUCGCCGUCUUUUUCCCCCCUCCUUCUGCGGAUUAACUUGGCCAGAUUUACAUUCAGAGAGGGGAGGAAAUCUGACCAAUAAUCCAAUUUGAGCAUUGAGAUUCUGUUUUGGUGGGAUUUCAGUGGACCUGCGAUGGACUCCAGCGCGGGGGAAUAUGGCAUGGCUCGUCUCGGAUUGUUUUUGGUUUUUUUCACGGGGCUGAUGUGGAGAUUUAGCGAUGCUUGCCCCGCAUCAUGCACUUGCAGCAUCUCAAGGAUUGUUUGUAUUGAUUCCGUGCCGGGGCUCGAGGAUUUCCCCGUGCUCACGUUAGAUGACAUGGAAAACAUCACGGAGAUAUACAUUGCAAAUCAAAACAGACUGUUUGACAUCAAUGACAACAGUCUGAGGCACUACAUCAACCUCAGAAACCUAACAGUGAUGAAUACGAGGUUGUCGUCUAUAACGUCAGACGCUUUUUUCAACAAUACAAGACUCCAAUAUGUAAAUCUCAGAGAUAAUAACCUAUCAACGCUUUCAUGGAGGACAUUUCAAAACUUUAACGCAUCUUUACCGCUCCUGCUGUACGGGAACCCUCUGGAUUGUGUUUGUGAGAACUUGUGGAUCAAACUGCGGCUCCUGGAGGAAAGCGACAGUCCAGAUCUGAGAUGCACGGACGACAGAGGAGUGACACUAGCCUUCGCCGCACUCAACCCACCCGACUGUGAGGUUCCCAGAGUAGAGGUCACCCCGAGGAGCGUGAAUUUGAUGCAGGGGAGUAACGUGGAAGCUAUCUGCAGCGCCUCAGGCUCGCCUCCUCCUGAGAUCCUGUGGAACCUCGACAUGCUCUCUACACAGCACGAGAUCGAGCCGUCGGAUAUGGAGAGCAGAAUCACUCUGUCAGACCUGUCUCCUGAUGAUAAUGGCAGGGUGAUCGUAUGCAGCGCUGAGAACAUGGUUGGUCUGACCGAGGCCACACUGCAGCUCAAUAUUCUCUUUGCCCCCAUCAUCCAGCAGCUGCUGGCGCCCGAGCGGGACCACCACUGGUGCAUCCCCUUCAGCGUGACCGGGAACCCCAAGCCCGACCUGCAGUGGUACCACGAGAAUGUGGCCCUCCUAGAGCAGGACUUCAUCCGCACCAUGAUCCACCUCUCCACCGAGAGCGAGUACCACGGCUGCCUGCAGCUGGUCAACCCCACCCACAUCCACAACGGCGUGUACAGGCUGGUGGCCAAGAAUAAGUACGGCCGCGACGAGAAGAAGGUGUCUGCGCAGUUCAUCGACCCGCCCGACAUUGGCCACACAGCUGAAGACCACUUCUACUACUACACGACUGACUCACCGCUCCCUCCAAUGGACGACAGUGUUGCAGUGUACGUGGUGAUGGGGAUCAUAGGUGUUGUCCUGACCAUCUGCGUUCUGAUGGUGAUCAUACUGAAAUACGGAAGAAACUCCAAGUUUGGAAUUAAAGGCUCCUCCUCAGUCAUCAGUAAUGAUGAUGACUCCGCCAGCCCUCUUCAUCACGUCUCCAAUGGCAACAACACCCCGUCGUCCUCGGAGAUGGGUCCAGACGCGGUGAUCAUCGGGAUGACAAAGAUUCCUGUCAUCGAGAACCCGCAGUACUUCCGUAACUCGGGCAGCAUGCUGAAAUCCGACACGUUUGUCCAGCACAUCAAGAGACACAACAUCGUGCUGAAGCGGGAGCUGGGAGAGGGAGCCUUCGGGAAAGUGUUUCUGGCUGAGUGCUACAACCUGGUACCAGACCAGGAGAAGCUCCAUGUGGCGGUCAAGACUCUUAAAGAGGCUAACGAGAGCGGCCGAGCAGACUUCUACAGAGAGGCCGAGCUCCUCACAAACCUGCAACACGACCACAUCGUCACUUUCUAUGGAGUCUGCGUGGAGAGCGACCCGCUCAUCAUGGUGUUUGAAUACAUGAAACACGGGGACCUAAACAAGUUCCUAAGGUCUCACGGUCCUGAUGCAGUGCUAAUGGCAGACGGUCAACACAGCAUCCUGGUGGAGCUCACCCAGUCCCAGAUGCUGCACAUUGCCCAACAGAUUGCUGCUGGCAUGGUCUACCUGGCCUCCCAGCACUUUGUCCACAGAGACUUGGCAACCAGGAACUGCCUGGUCGGGGAAAACCUGCUGGUCAAGAUAGGAGACUUUGGCAUGUCCAGAGACGUCUACAGCACAGACUACUACAGAGUGGGCGGUCACACGAUGCUGCCUAUCCGCUGGAUGCCUCCAGAGAGCAUCAUGUACCGGCGGUUCACCACAGAGAGUGAUGUGUGGAGUCUUGGGGUGGUGCUGUGGGAGAUCUUCACCUACGGAAAGCAGCCCUGGUACCAGCUCUCCAACAAUGAGGUGAUCGAGUGCAUCACACAGGGCCGGGUGCUGCAGCGGCCCCGCACCUGUCCUAAAGAGGUGUACGACCUGAUGCUGGGCUGCUGGCAGAGGGAGCCCUACAUGAGGCUCAACAUCAAGGAGAUCCACAGCAUGCUGCAGAGCCUCGCAAAGGCCUCGCCAGUCUACCUGGACAUACUGGGCUGAUGCAUCUGUGUUCCUGUAUGUACUCUGCGUGCAAGUGUGUGUGGACGAGUUCAAUGUCUGGGUCGAGGAGGAAACUAAAAGCUGUGUGAUUGUGAGUGCCUGCGUGUGUGUGUGUGUGUGUGUGUGUGUGUGUGUGUGUGUGUGUACAGAACCUGGCUGUAAAUGUUCCUGUAAAUGCUAUCGUCCUUCGUCCUCAUCGCAUUGAGAAAAGCCUUAAAUUUUCUGUGAUUUUAUUUUUGUUUUAUUUUCUUCUUUUGAUUUGCAGACAUUACCGAGGCAUGUUUCAUUAAAUGGAAACCAAAAUGCAUACAGGAUUUAUGUAACGUUAUCCAAACAAUCAACACUCGUACAUGUUGGAGGCAUAAAAA